GGCGAGGAGGAGAUAGGAGGAGAGAGAGAGAGACUAACACAAACGCCCGGUCGCUGAUUUUAAACCCACUCCUUUCCUCUCUAUAUCUUUCCCUCGUUCGCUUCGCUCGAGAAAAGAAACCGCGACAGGAUGGGCCGCAAGAAGAAGAAGCAGAUGAAGCCGUGGUGCUGGUACUGCAACAGAGAUUUUGAUGACGAGAAGAUUCUUAUUCAGCACCAGAAAGCAAAACACUUCAAAUGUCAUAUUUGUCAUAAAAAGUUGUAUACAGGUCCAGGUCUUGCAAUUCACUGCAUGCAGGUUCACAAGGAAACAAUAGAUGCAGUCCCAAAUGCUAUUCCAGGAAGAACAGACAUAGAGCUGGAAAUCUAUGGAAUGGAGGGCAUUCCAGAAAAAGAUAUGGAGGAGAGGAGGCGUCUACUUGAACAGAAGACUCAAGCUGAAAGUCAGAAAAAGAAGCAGAAAGAUGAUGAUUCUGACGAGUUUGAUGAUGAUGACACAGAAGCUGGGCCCUCGUACCAACAACAAGGAGUGCAGCAACAGCAGAACUUCAUUUCACAUAUGAACCAGUCGGGUAUGCACAAUGUACCAGGUGCACCCGGGAUUCCACCAGGUGUGCCAACAGUGGUACCAGGUGUUCCUCCUAUGAUGCCAGGAAUGCCUCCGGUGAUGCCAGGGAUGCCUCCAGGAAUGAUGCCUAUGGGUGGAAUGAUGCCUCCAGGACCUGGAAUGCCACCCAUGAUGCCAGGCAUGCACCCUGGUGGGUAUUUGAAAAUGGCUGGCGGCAACCUAGGUAUGCCACCACCUGUUCCACGCCCAGGUGGGCCGUCCAUGACCCAGUCGCAACCUGUGGUUGCACCUGGUGUACCCAGUAGAGCACCACUACCUGGACCUGGUCCACAGCCCCCCAUCGCAAAGCCGCUCUUCCCCAGUGCUGGACAAAUGGGGACUCGUGUUUCAAGCACAACUACAGCCUCCACUACAGCUUCAUCAAAUUCAGCCAACCUCUCAACUUCCUCUAAGCCUCUGUUUCCUAGUGCAGCACAAAGCCAGCAGUCCGUGUCCGGACCAGUGGGUACAGAUUUUAAACCCCUGAGCAGCGCCCCUGUCACCAUUGCAGAACCUCCAAAGCCCACGUUCCCGGCCUACACUCAAUCCACAGCUACCGCUACAAGCACGUCAAACAGUGCCACAGCCAAGCCCGCUGUCCCUGUUACUAGUAAGCCUGCUACUCUAACCACAACUAGUGCAACUAGUAAGUUGAUCCAUCCAGAUGAGGAUAUAUCAUUGGAGGAAAGGAGAGCUCAGUUUCCAAAGUACCAGCGUAACAUCCCUCGUCAAGGCCAGGCGACAAUGGGGCCACCACCAGUUGGGCCGAUGGGCGGCAUGAUGCCACCACAACAAGGGAUGCCACCUCAGCAAACAGCGAUGCGACCUCCCAUGCCACCACCAGGUCAGUAUGGUGGCCCUCCCCAGGGAAUGCCAGGAUACCUCCCUGGUGGCAUGCCUCCAUAUGGACAGGGACCUCCUAUGGUGCCUCCUUACCAGGGUGGACCCCCUCGACCGCCAAUGGGAAUGUCCGGAAUGAGGCCCCCAGUAAUGUCGCAGGGGGGCCGUUACUGAAGCUGCUGUACCUACAUAAAUAGGUUUGGAGAUUCAACCUUUUCUCAACUUGCUGUUAACUAGACAAGCUUCAGUGACAAUAAGUGACUUUAACUUUUUUUUUAAAGAAAAAAAAACGUAAACCUCUUCCAGCCUGCUAAAUGAUGACCACAAAAAACUUACUGAACGCUGCAACAUGCUGUUCUUAUUUUACCUCUAGCAGGGAAAAGAAAAUCGUACUCUUGAAAAGCAAAACCCUGUCAGAGUAUUUUCUCUCUCUCCUCUCCCAUUCCCUGCACCCCACCCUCCCAAUGUUAUUGCAAUUCAUGUUGUAUAGCUUCUUUUCUCGUGUUUCAUCUAGGUUUUUAGAAGUGAAGUAUAAUAAAUGUGGUCCGUUUAUAUAUUUAAAAAAUUGAAGGCGCUGGAGUUACAUGAACGUACAGUACCACCUUUUAAAGGCAAGUUCUGUAAAUUAAAAUUUGCUUUUGAAUUAAAAUCAGAAGUGAGGCCUUCACAGCACAUUUAGGUGCUGUUGGACUGUUGUGUCCCCAACAUUGUUUGGUGAAGGCUUCUGGUGUAAUUUCUUGUUUCUGUCCCAAAUACCUGUUCAGUUGCUUUUUGAUUAUGUAACUGUUGAACGUGCCCCGUAUCCAGCUGGAUGCCGGGCUUAACAAAACUAUUUUUGAACAUAAACAGGGGCAUACCAAAUUUCUGUAUUGUUGUAAAGCUUAUUGUAAUAAAACUUGAUGGAAACAUUAA